UUAAUGGGCUUAACGCAGUGAGAAAAAAAUUAUAGAUUGAUUCGCUUUGCACUUUGCAGUGUGCGGAUUAAAAGUAAGCAAAUAGCAAAGAAAACUGUCGAGAAACUUGAUUACUGUUUUACUGUGCGACGUGGUUUAGCUUACGGUAACUUGAAGUUAGUAAACCAUUGAUUAUUAUUCCUACAAGAAAAGCAGAAUACCGUUACAAAGUAGUGAUUAGGCUUGUGAAAAACAUACAAUGGCAGCAGCUCCUGUGAUUAUCCAAUCCGCCGCAAAGCAUACAUCUACGCUAAUUUUUCUCCACGGGUUGGGUGAUACCGGCCAUGGCUGGGCUACGACAAUGGGCAUGAUUCGCACACCGGAUAUGAAGGUCAUCUGCCCAACGGCACCAACCAUGCCAGUAACACUUAACGCCGGAUUUCGUAUGCCGUCCUGGUUUGAUUUAAAAACCCUAGACAUCGGUGGUCCCGAGGACGAAGAAGGCAUCAAAAAGGCUGCCAAAAAUGUGCAUGAAAUGAUCCAGGGAGAGAUUCGAGCCGGUAUUUCAGCCAACCGGAUCUUGCUGGGGGGAUUUUCUCAGGGUGGAGCUCUGGCCCUCUACGCUGCACUCACAUUUACGGAACCCUUAGCAGGAGUAAUGGCAUUGUCAUGCUGGUUGCCGUUGCAUAAAAAUUUUCCUGGAAUUUUAAAGUGUCCAGAUUCGGUCCCCAUACUCCAAUGUCACGGUGAUUGUGAUCCAGUUGUUCCAUACAAAUUCGGUCAAUUAUCGUCCAGUGUGUUAAAAACGUUUAUGAAGCAUUCACAGUUCCAGUCCUAUAGAGGGUUGUCACAUUCCUCAUCUGACGCUGAAGUAGAAGAUAUGAAGAAAUUUAUCGAAAAGCACGUUCCUCGUCAGUGAAUAAGCUACCAGCUAACAUUCGAAACAAGUCAUCCAGUCUGAACGAAACCAACAACUGUAACCAUCUUUGCAAUUUUGGAGCAUCUCUAAUAUAAUAUGUUAAUCGGCUUGAGUUCAUCAGAGUGACAGUUUUUCAUACAUAUUAAUCACUUAUUACUAAAACGGUCAGCACAUGCAAGCUGUCACUACUACAUAAUAAAAUAGGUUCUGUAAUACAAACCUUUUUGCAGACUAAAAAAAUCGCAGUGGCUACAAAUCACCUAUGACAAUGAUUAAAGCAAAACAAUAAGUAUUCCAAACGUUUUGAAAACUAUCUGUUGAGAUUGCACUUCGUAUAGUGAGGAGGCUAAAAAAGUAAUAAUUGCAUCCUGUAUAACCGAGUCCUCAGUAUUUGGAAUUAGGGCAAACAAAUCAAAGAAUAAUAUUUUAAUUUGUAUUCGUACUACCUCUAAUCAAUCGAAAAUAGCUAACCAAACAGUUUCAACUGAACUGCUUGCAAUUAGAUGCCAUUACUAAAUAGUCAAAUUUAUUUUGGUAGAAAAAAAAAACAAAUAAAACAUACAAUGAGCAGCAAAAGUUCUUUUGGCUACAGCAUGUCAAAUGGUUUAAAGUUUUGUUUAACGAGAGAAUUUUUAAUAAAUUGUAUCAAAAUCUUGAUGGCGAACGAAUUCAAAUCUUAGAAAAAAUAAUCAAUAUUAAAUCUACUGCUGCGUUGCGACAAAAUGCGAAGACCAUUGCGGUAUUGAUGGAGCAUGAAAUUGUAAAGAGAAUGAAAUAUAUAUAUUUUAGUUUAAUUAGAUCAACUUCAGGUAAAAAGU